AGCCCAAAAUCGAGCAGGUACCCUCUCUCUCUCUCCCUCCCUCUCUCUCUCUCUCUCUCUCUCUCUCGUCGUUGUCUAUAUUUCUGUUUGCUGUUUUUUAUGCUUAAUUCGCAUGCUUAAACAUGAUAGGUUUUCGGGCCUAGUAAACAAUCACUCCUUCAAAGAGUAUUCCCAUGUCCGAUCCACAUACCAGGAGUGAUUCAAUUUAACGCAGACGCACUAGUACCAUUCCUCUUAGCAUUUCUUUGGUGGGUCCUUAAGCAGUUGCUUUCUAGGGUUCUACCCCGGGCCGGCCCUGUACUUAGGUAUAGCUUGUUGAAAUUGAAGUUCAUUGGGUUGUUUAAUCGUCCAUUGAGAAAGAACAAUUGUGGUUUUGGUUUAUGAUGGUUGAUUGAGUAUAAAUAAUGGUGAGGCUUUUGGGAUUGUCUCGGUCCGAAUCCGAGCCCAGGGAAAUCACUAGGACCACCCCAACCAGUGACACAUCUGGAGGAGAUAACGGGUGGCUAAUCCGGUUCUUCGAUUCUGCUUUCUUUUGUGAGUGGAUUGCUGUUAGCUAUCUUUAUAAGCAUAAUCACGCGGGGGUACGGGACUACCUGUGUAACCGAAUGUACACGCUGCCGUUAUCCGGCAUUGAGAGCUACUUGUUCCAGAUAUGUUACAUGAUGGUUCACAAGCCCAGUCCGUCGCUCGAUAAGUUUGUCAUCGAUGUUUGCUCAAAAUCGCUUCAGAUAGCGCUAAAAGUGCACUGGUUUUUGAUGGCUGAGCUUGAGGAUUCGGAUGAUAAUGAAGGGAUCAGUAGGAUUCAAGAGAAGUGUCAGAUUGCAGCGACAUUAAUGGGGGAGUGGCCCCCGUUGAUUAGGCCCCUGAAUGGACCUGUCAGUCCUGUGAGCAAGAACCAAGUCCUUAAUAAGUUACUAUCGUCAAAACAGCGGUUAUUGUCCUUGACAUCAUCGCCACCCACUCAAAAGUCUUUAUCCUUCUCCCCUUCGUCCGGGAACUCUUUGCAGCAGGAUGAUGGAGGUGGGGGUAAAGCAACCCCUGAGGAGAACAAGAUUUUCAAGAAAUUCAUUCCAAGUCCGAAAGUAAGAGAUUCAUUGUUUUUCAGAAAGUCAGUGGAUAAAGAUGAGGAGGAACCGGAGAAGGAUGGUUUCUUCCGAAGGCUUCUGAUAACUAGCAGGGAUGAGGAUAGCAGGAAAUCAAUGGAUAAACAGGAAGAGGAAUCAGAGAAGGAUGGAGGAUUCUUUAAGAGGCUUUUGAAGGAUAGUAGGGAGCCUAGGGAUGAGGAUGCCAGGAAAUCUAUGGAUAAACAUGAUGAGGAGUCAGAGAAGGAUGGAUUCUUUAAGAGGAUUCUGAGGGAUAGUAGGGACGAGGAUAGCAGGAAAUCAAUGGAUAAACACGAAGAGGAGUCGGAGAAGGAUGGCUUCUUCAAGAGGCUUUUGAAGGAUAGCAAGGGGGAUGAGGAUGAGGAGCUCACAUCGAGCUCCGAAGGGUUUUUCAAGCGGUUAUUUCGUGAUAGCAAAGGUGAUACUGAAGAAAAAGUAGUAUCAAAGUUGGCAGAAGAGGAUGAAAAGGAUGGGUUUUUCCGCAAAUUUUUCAAGGACAAAAAGGAUGGGAGUGGCAUAAACGAUGAGGAAGAGAAAAGGUCAAAGUCUGCACAAGAUGAUGAAAAAGAAGGAUUCUUUCGAAGAAUUUUUAAGGAGAAAUUUGAGGACAAGAAAGACGCCAAUGACAGUACGGAUGACAAAGGCAAGGGGCAGAUCAAUGGUGAGGAAGAAGAAUCUUCUGAUUUUUCUUUGUUUCGGAGAUUAUUUCGGGUGCAUCCAGAAGAUGCGAAGAUUACAGCAGGUAACGAAGUUACUAGCAGUGGCCGUUUUCUUGAAAGCAGUCCAGGGACAGAAAAGUUUUUUCGGAAGCUUUUUAGAGAUCGUGACCGUACAGUAGAAGACUCUGAACUUUUUGUGUUAAAGAAGCAGAAAGAGAAGCGCCCUGGCUCGCCAAAGCAGCAGAAUGAAAAGCCUAAUGCUAAGCCGCCACUCCCAAGUAAUGCUGCAUCACAGUUUCGCAAAGGAACGUAUCAUGAGUCACUUGACUUUGUGCAAUCACUAUGUGAGACGUCAUAUGGCUUAGUUGACGUAUUUCCUAUUGAAGAUCGUAAAAGUGCUCUUCGAGAGUCACUUGUGGAGAUCAAUGGGCAUGUGGCUGCUGCUCAGGAUAGUGGUGGAGUAUGCUUUCCAAUGGGGAAGGGAAUGUAUCGCGUUGUUAAUAUACCAGAAGAUGAGGCAGUUCUUUUGAAUUCCAGAGAAAAGGCACCUUACUUAAUCUGUGUUGAAGUUCUGAAAAGCGAAACACCGAGCAAUACAAAGGAUGUAUCACAUUCUCACAAGCUUUCCAGAGGAGGAAUCCCAUUAGCAAAUGGGGAUGCACUAUUGCCAAAGCCUCCUCCAUGGGCCUAUCCUUUGGGGACUGCACAGGAUAUGUACCACAGUGGUUAUGACAGGAUGUCAAGCUCAACUUCUCAAGCAAUCGACCAAGCAAUGGCUCAGUUGUGGGAUGCCAAAGCAAAAUUUGUUCAUGUCAGUCUUUCUGUGGAGCAGCAAUUACCUUGUCAGGAAAAGAGAACGCCAAGUUUAGAAUGUGGGACCAGUUGCAGUGGUCUUCAGCCUGGUUCAAGUCCAUUGGAGGUUCUAUCCUGUAGUUGUGAAGGGAAAGGCACAUUUCAUAUGCCAAAACGAGAAUCUGGUAGUGAUUUAGAAUGGGUGAGGGUUGUAUUGACAGCAGAUCCUGGUGUUAACAUGGAUGACAUUGUCGAGCAAGAACCACCCCGCAGGAAGGAACAUCGCCGUGUUCCAAGUACAGUAGCUAUUGAGGAAGUAAAGGCUGCCACAUUAAAGGGUGAAGCACCUCCUGGACUUCCUCUGAAAGGGGCUGGUCAGGAUUCCUCAGAUGCACAACCAAAGGUUGUGAAUGGCGGUGGCCCGAAAGCUGGUGAUGCAUUAUCUGGUGAACUUUGGGAGGUAAAGAGAGAGAGAAUACGAAAAGCUUCGGUUCAUGGAAAAUUACCUGGUUGGGACUUGCGCUCCGCUAUUGUGAAGAGUGGCGAUGAUUGUAGGCAGGAGCAUCUUGCUGUACAACUUAUUUCUCACUUUUAUGAUAUAUUCCAGGAAGCAGGUCUCCCUCUCUGGUUGCGCCCUUAUGAAGUCCUAGUUACUUCUUCUUACACAGCACUGAUAGAAACCAUUCCUGAUACGGCCUCACUGCACUCUAUCAAGAGUAGAUUUCCCGACAUUACAAGUUUACGGGACUUUUUUGUUGCCAAGUAUCAGGAGAAUUCUCCUAGUUUUAAGCUUGCUCAGAGGAACUUCGUCGAAAGCAUGGCUGGCUAUUCCCUAGUUUGCUACCUUCUCCAGGUGAAGGAUCGGCAUAAUGGAAACCUUUUGUUGGAUGAAGAAGGUCAUAUUAUCCACAUUGAUUUUGGCUUCAUGCUCUCUAAUUCGCCUGGAGGUGUCAAUUUUGAGAGUGCACCAUUUAAAUUGACGCGGGAACUACUUGAGGUCAUGGAUUCUGAUGCUGAGGGCGUACCAAGCGAGUUCUUUGACUAUUUUAAAGUGUUAUGCAUUCAAGGUUUCCUAACAUGCCGUAAGCAUGCAGAGCGCAUAAUUCUCCUUGUUGAGAUGUUGCAGGAUUCGGGUUUCCCAUGUUUUAAAGGUGGUCCUCGGACAUUUCAGAACCUAAGGAAACGAUUUCACCUAAGUCUAACAGAAGAGCAAUGUGUGUCCUUGGUGCUUUCUUUGAUCAGCAGCAGUUUAGAUGCAUGGAGGACACGGCAGUAUGAUUACUAUCAAAGGGUGUUAAAUGGCAUAUUGUGAUAUAGGAUUGAUUUCCACUUACAUGAUUGUCCACUUGGAAAAGCCAGAUCCUAAUUCUUUCCACUAAAGAAAAUGCAUUCGAGUGCGCCAUUCGAUAAAGAGCAAUUGAUAUCUUAUUUUAUGAAUGGAUGGGCUUCACCAAUUUUUGUCAAAGAGUUAAAAGGACUACUGAUAGCAGAUUUGGCAUGUCUUUUAUCAGCGAGAGGGAUUUGGAAUUGUGAAAGGCAGAAAUAGCUGGGUGGGGUCUACCAAGCCAAAACGAAUUUGGCAGUUCGUUUCCAUUUUCUUUAUUUGUCAUCUGCUUUAUUUCAAGAAGGAAGAGUGCUGCCGGGUGAAGGGGGAUUAACCUCAGAUUUAAUUUUGAAGAUGGUAUGCUGCCCUUGUUGCCAUCUUUUGGGCUACACAUACUGUACAGAGUGAUUACACUGGAGGGAACAUUUAGAUGGGAGAGGACGGUUGGCGCCAGGUUUUACAGAUGAUCAAUAUAUUUGUUACAGUCGGGUGUCCGGAACAGUGAAAGGGAUUGCCAGGUUGUAUAUCUACCUCUUCCUACUAUACUUAAGAUAAAAGGUUUGGAUACAUGUUAUCAUAGGAAAAGCAAUACGCCAAUUCUUCUCGGUCUCCAUCUCCUGACAACAUCUGUCUUGGAGCUUCAUUCACAAUUCUUCCAUCGGUAUUUGCUAAUUGCUCAGAAACAGCAAUUGAUUGUACUAUGUAUAGUUUUUCAUUGAUUGCAGUUCUCAUUAGUGCAAUUUUUUGCGGUGGUGUUUGUCUUGGCUUUGAUUUUGGUGGUAUAUUGAUUUGUGAUAUCCAUUUUUGUACCUUAUGGCAGUGUAGAAGUCAUUACAAGUGCAUAAUAUAUUCCGCAAAAGAGUUCUUAUA